GCGAAAGGCGCUACAGGAACACUAGUCUGCGAUAAAUACAAGGAUCAGUGUUUAUCCAGAUUAGUCCCUGCCCCUUCUCCCACACCACCCCGACCCAGAGUCACGCUAGUGACGCUUACAUUCCCUGCUCCUGCUCUCAGCCAUAUUGAAAGUGCAGUUUUCGAGUUUGGCUGCCCGGGAAAGUGGCAAAAGAACUUCCAUCUGACGCUUUUUGAAUUUGGAAUUUAAGUAUUUUUGCCCGUUGGAAAACUUACCAGAGGUUGUGGCUUCGCGUCUACAGCCGCUGAUCGGGGUGUGAAAUAUGGUGGACCGCUUGGCAAACAGUGAGGCCAACUCUAAGCGCAUCGGAGUCGUGGAAGCAUGCUUUGGCACAGCAGGUCAACCGCUGGCCAUCCCAGGUCGAGUGCUGAUCGGAGAGGGCGUUCUCACAAAGCUGUGCCGCAAAAGGCCCAAAGCCCGGCAGUUCUUCCUCUUCAAUGACAUCCUGGUGUACGGCAACAUCGUCAUCCAGAAGAAGAAGUACAAUAAGCAGCACAUCAUCCCUCUGGAGAGCGUCACCAUAGACACGGUAGAGGACGAGGGCGACCUGCGCAACGGCUGGCUCAUUAAAACGCCCACCAAAUCCUUCGCUGUCUACGCCGCCACAGCAACAGAGAAGUCUGAGUGGAUGAGCCACAUCAGCAAGUGCGUCUCGGACCUACUGGAAAAAAGCGGGAAAUCUCCCACCGGCGAGCACGCAGCCGUCUGGGUGCCCGACUCUGAGGCGACCGUGUGCAUGCGCUGCCAGAAGAUGAAAUUCACCCCAGUCAACCGCCGCCACCACUGCCGGAAAUGCGGCUUUGUCGUGUGCGGCCCGUGUUCGGAGAAGAAGUUUUUGCUUCCCAGUCAGUCGUCCAAACCGGUGCGUGUGUGCGAGUUCUGUUACAAGCAGCUCUCCACAGGCGGCACCCUCCCAUCCCGCUCGGACUCCUACAGCCGUUCAGAGUUUUCCAGCAACAUCUCAGAUGACGAUGACGACGAUGACAGCAGUGACUGAGGGUCACUUUUAGGAAUAUUGACAAUCCACAGAUCAUAUCCCAUAAUUUUAGUCUAAUUUUCAGGGUUUGCAAAGGUUCCUGUGGCAAUAACACUUUCCCAAAACGAUUAAAGAUCCCUGUGCAUAUGAACAAAAGGUUUGAUGGGAAUUGUUCCUGCGUAUUAAUGAACACUACUUUUCGGCUCGCUCUACUUUCACAUCACGUUUUUCACAUAAAAACUCUCAUAGUUUAUUUUAACCUCUUUCAUAUAAAUGCAUUUCUUGGAAAUGGUGCUCUUUCAUCUGUACCCCCCCCUUCAGCUGCCGUAUUCUUACUGAGCGAUGCUGCUAUCCGCUGGAGAAAGAGAAUGUUGGGUAAUGUGAUUGCGGGCUGUUCCUAGGCAUAUACUCCCUCAGGUGAAACCGUGUAGUGCAUUAUAACUAGGUUUUAAACAAGGAGCUUUUGCUUUUUGAACAACUAACCACUAACAAACCGUGAAAGUGUGCGUUCAUCAGGUGAAGGUCUUCUGUUUCUCACUUUGCUCAGUUUCUAGUAAUUGCAAAUGACAAAUCAGAUAGACGCUACUAAGCUUGUAAAUGCGUGUACAUAAUGCUGUGGUGUAGGAAGUCUGUUGGAAAAUUCAUCUGACAAGGUCGUCACUGCCUUAGUGCCUUCUUAUUUAUCCUCAGGAUCCUUAAAAUGAGAAACUAUUUAUGACUCGGGCUGAUUUCUUCACUUUGAGACACAUCACAUGACGUAUUCUGUGUAGAGGUGCACAGGUAUUUUUAUUCAUAUGACUGUAGUUACGAUCAAAACUAGACCAACAGUUUCAGUUGAGGACAGUUUAUUAUAACAUUCCCAUGAAUCCAGCUAAAGUAUUUUGUGACAUCUUGCAUCUGUAGUCCACAUGCCCUAAACUAUGUCGGCAUAUCUCUCCAGCCCUGAUUUCAACUCUAUACAUAUAUACACAUUAGCAUGCAGCCCACAGGAAUCGCAUGUCACUAAGGCGAAGGACGUGCUAUCCAUUCGCCCGCCCUCUCUCAUUGGGGUCUUUGUGUUAGAGAAGUCACAUGUCGGGCCUUGACAGUCAAUCCUACACGUUUUGAACGGGAAUCGAAAGCAUUAUGAGGAAGCGACUGUCACACAGCCACCUUUUUUUUCUCGUUUUUUUUAUAUGGCUGUUCGACACAAGAAAAACUGCACUAACAGCUUUCCAAAGUGGUGUGAUGUUUUAAUAAAUGACUCUGUUGGACACUUUAGAGAGAGACAGUAGUAUAUUUCAUCAGCGAUCUUCCAGGUUUACAGUGGUUUUUACUUCUACACAAGUCAAGCUGGUGGGAGAAUCAGCUAUACUGCUUGAGAACUGUGUCUCAGUACUGAAUACUUGAUCACCUGUGAAGAUGGCAUAUUUUGUUUGCGUCAGAAUAACAAAACUGACAUUGAAAAGGGAUAUUUAAUUAACCUAACUCUGGCUAAAGAGCCUGCUCAGACCGUCUAGUUCAUAUGCAAUGACAGAUACACUUAAGUCAAAAGUAUUUUUUUGCUUUUACACAUUUAUGUGAGAUUUAGAAAUAGAUUUACAGUGAUUGACUCGAGGUAAUUAUCUAAUCUUCCUUUUGGAAUAUAGUGUUAGAUUCCCGGAUAGUUAUAUUUGGUAUAAUGUUUGAUUUAAUGAAUUGUUUUAAUCUUUCCAAAUUUAACCCGAGAUGAUUUGUUUUAGUUUUACUUAUAUGUUGUAAUAUUCUGCUUCAGUUGUAAUAUUCUGAGAUUCUGAGAUAUUCUGUUUUGAUUUUGCAUGAUGUAAACUUUUGUACAGAUAUUUUUUUUUUUUUGUAUAUUUACUCUUAGUUGGGCUUGCUACUUUUUGUUUUUUUCUUCAUAGCGUUUCCGUGUGGUUCAUGUGUGCGUUUCCUGAACACCUCUGGAUCAGCUACCAGCACUUUACUCUCUCUGCUAACCACACGAGAGGGGCAGGGCCUGGUUGGGGGAGGGGCUUGGGUAGGAUGUGGGCGGGGACUACAUGUCUUUACAAAUUUGGCCUGCAAAUACAAGAGAAUAGAUCUGAGUAGAGGAUAAACAGGAUUGACAUUUACUUUCCAUUUGUUUUCUUUUGUGAUUUCUUGAACAUGUAAUUUAUGAUUCCCUUGUUCUUGGAUGGAUUUUAGGGGAUUUUCUAUUUCUUGUACAUUUUUGCCAUUUUUAAUUCUCAUUCAAAACUCUGAAAGGGCUGAAAACUGAAUGUAAUCCAUCAUAUCAUCAUUAUUAGAUACUAAUUUUGAGGAAAAUAUAUGCAUUGCUUAAACUCUUGUGUCUUGUCUUCUGUAAUAAUUGCCAAAAACAAGUACCAACGGCUCAGCAUAUGCAACAGAGAGUAAUAAUGUCACUAGAAGUAGAAUUUACUAGGAUCAGAACUGAACUGAACGCUUGCACACCGCUGGGCUAGCCUGUCAUUGUUAUGGAUAAUCUGUCUGCUACAGUUUAGUCUGUUUGUGUCAGCCUUUAUUAUGGUAAUCCAUGGCAAGUGCACUAGUAUGGUAAGGGGAUUGCUCUUUCACUGGGGUUCAUGUGCCAUUUAAAUUUUUUAUUUGAUUCCUUAGUUUAUGUUUGAUUAGUUUAAGUUUGAUUAAACUACGGAGUCACGGAGUUCUCUAAAAUCUUUAAGGAGCUUUAAGGAGUCAGACUUUUAUGGUGUUAUUGGCACUCUCUUUGAACAAACCACUGAAGCCUGAAAUACAAAAAUCACACAUUUCUAUGAUGCUGAUGGACAAGCAAGGAAAUAAAUGGCUUGUUUAAUCCAUUCAUUUGUGCUGUGGUUUGACGUGACUGUCAAUAAUAUUCAGUCAUUUGCCACUCAAUUCCUUCAUCCAGUUGACAGUCUGGAUUUUUAAUAGGCUUUAGAGGUAUGGUGCGCUUAAUCCCUGAAAUGUUGUCAAAUUACCCUGACCACCAGACCGUAAAGAAUAUUUGGGUGUGUCUAUAUUUAUAAAAGGUUUCACUGCGGAUCAUUUUGCUGGUUAAUAACCUGUUGGAACUGCUCGUUUCAGAGGGCCCUCGGCUGCAGAUGUUGAACCCUUCUGCUCUGCACAUGUGGAUUAUGCUGCUGAUAUAAGCGAUUAAAUAUCACGUGCAUGUCACGAUGCAAGAAAAAUCUCCAUAAUACAGUUAUCAAUCUGGGUUUAUCUAGGGUUAAAACAAGUUUAAGCAGGGCAUUUUAUAUGCUAAUAUGACCUUUAAACUUUUGGAAAACAAAAUCAAUGGCUUUGCGUAGUCCUGCACGAAUUAUAACUGACCAUAACCAGAGUAAUCUUUGGUCUUCUGUGCUAAUACACAAGUAAAAGUAUAACAUAUAAACAAGAUAUGCACACUCAUUAAGAUUAAGAUGUUAUCAUGACUAGUGCAAGGAAUGUUUUUUUCUGUAUUCUGAAGUCACAUGGUCUUCUCUCGUAAAUAAAAUGUUCAGCCUUAUGCUCAGAGAAAGUGCCGUUAUGAAGAGGGAAAGCAAACAAAAGGAACGACAAGUGCUUAUUUUUUGUGAACAGAUGUGUGUUCAAAAUAAAGUUCAUUUAACUCGCUCUUUGAACUGCAAUAUUCUCUAAUUUGAGAGUAGCUUAAAGGAAUAGUUUGCCAUAUGAUGAAAAUUCUCUCAUUAUAGAACAGAACUCAAAGGUAUACAGAACAAAGUUAGUCACACAGGUUUGGAAUGACAUGAUGGUGUGUAAAUGAUGAC